GUUGCUAAACUAAACCCAUCCAGAAUGUAUUUUCUUCUUCUUCCGAACAACUCUCUCUCUUCACAGACACUUCACUAAUAACUUCACUUCAUCACAACUUACUUCUAAUGUAUUUUCUUCUUCUUCUUCCGAACAACUCUCUCUCUUCACAGACACUUCACUAAUCACUUCACUUCAUCACAACUUACUUCUAUCGUUCUGUGUCUCAGAACACACAACACAAAAACCAAACACUAGUUACUUAGUUUAGUGUCUCUCACAGACAACACAAUGCAACUCUUAUUCAUCAUUCUCAUCGCCUUCGUCUUACCUCCAGCCUUCUCCGACCUCUCGUCGGAGCGCGCCGGGCUCCUCACCCUCCGCGCCGCCCUGCGCGGCCGCACCCUCCUCUGGAAUGCCACCUCGCCGUCACCCUGCGCCUGGCCCGGCGUCUACUGCGACGCCGCCAACGCCACCGUCGUCGGCCUCCACCUCCCCGCCGUCGCCCUCUCCGGCCACCUCCCCUCCGGCGUCUUCCCGGCGCUCCCCCGCCUCCGCACCCUCAGCCUCCGCGUCAACCUCCUCUCCGGCACCCUCCCCGCCGACCUCGCCGCCUGCUCCGCCCUUCGCAACCUGUUCCUCCAGCGGAACAACUUCUCCGGCGAGGUCCCGCCGUUCCUCUCCACCAUGACCACCCUUGUCCGCCUCAACUUGGCCUCAAACAGCUUCUCCGGUUCGGUUCCGGCCCGGUUCGGGAACCUGACCCAGCUGAGGACCCUUUUCCUUGAGAACAACCGGUUCACCGGUUCGCUACCCGGUUUGGAAGAACUCAACGAGCUGGCUCAGUUUAAUGUCUCUUACAACAUGUUAAACGGUUCCGUUCCUAAAAAGUUGCAAGCUUUUGGUGAAGACUCGUUUUUGGGGAAUGCCCUUUGUGGGAAGCCCCUUGGGAUUUGUCCUUGGGAUGAUGGUGGUGGUGAGAAUGGUGCAAAUGGGACUUCAAAUCCAAGUGGGGUUGGAGGGAAUGUGAUUGAUGGAGAAAGGAAGAAGAAGGGGAAGCUUUCUGGGGGUGCAAUUGCUGGGAUUGUUGUUGGGAGUGUGGUGGUUCUUUUGUUGGUUGUGUUUGCUUUGAUUCUCUUGUGUAGAAGUGGGAACAAGACUAGGAGUGAUGAUAAUGCUAAUACCAUGGUGGGGUUCAAGCAGGAGGAGGAGCAGCAUGGGGAGGUGGGAGUUGAGGGGGGCAAUGUGGAGAGUAGUGGUAGUGGUGGUGGUGGGAAUUCGGUGGCUGCGGCCGCAGUUGCAGCCGCAGCAGUGAGUGGUGGUGGCGGUGGUGGUGGAGAUAAGAAGUUGGUGUUUUUUGGUAAUUCAGUGAAGGUGUUUGAUUUGGAGGAUUUGCUUAGGGCUUCUGCUGAGGUGUUGGGGAAAGGGACGUUUGGGACAACUUAUAAGGCUGUUUUGGAGGAUGGGCCUGUGGUGGCUGUGAAGAGGUUGAAGGAUGUGACGGUUUCUGAGAAGGAGUUCAAGGAGAAGAUUGAUGUGGUGGGAGUGAUGGAUCAUGAGAAUUUGGUGCCUCUCAGGGCUUACUAUUAUAGCAGGGAGGAGAAGCUUCUUGUUCAUGAUUACCUGCCAAUGGGAAGCUUAUCUGCAAUUUUGCAUGGAAACAAAGGAGCUGGUAGGAUACCAUUGAAUUGGGAAAUGAGAUCAGGCAUUGCUCUGGGAGCUGCUCGCGGCAUAGAGUACCUACAUUCACAAGGGCCAAGUGUUUCUCAUGGAAACAUAAAGUCCUCCAACAUCCUCCUAACCAAGUCCUACGAUGCCAGGGUGUCUGAUUUUGGCCUAGCACACCUUGUUGGCCCCUCAUCCACACCCAACCGGGUCGCCGGCUACCGCGCUCCAGAAGUAACCGAUCCACGCAGAGUGUCUCAGAAGGCUGAUGUAUACAGCUUUGGAGUGUUGCUUUUGGAACUUCUGACUGGAAAGGCUCCUACACAUGCCCUCUUGAAUGAGGAAGGAGUGGACCUUCCAAGAUGGGUGCAAUCAGUGGUUAGAGAAGAGUGGAGUUCUGAGGUGUUUGACAUUGAGCUACUUAGGUAUCACAAUUCUGAAGAGGAGAUGGUUCAGUUGUUGCAACUAGCGGUGGAUUGUGCAGUUCCAUACCCUGAUAAUCGCCCUUCAAUGUCUCAAGUGAGACAACGCAUAGAAGAGUUACGUGGUUCUUCUGGCAUGAAAGAAGAUGCUCAAGACCAAAUCCAACAACUUGAUUCGAUCAAUGAUAUAUAUCAUGCAUCCUCUAGAUGAGUUCGUGUACAAGGAGAAAUUAUUACAUGGUUCUGGUUCUGAUCCUGAUUAAUCUCUUCUUAAUACGAAAUCACAUAUUCUAAUCUAAGAAAAGAGAAUUAAUAAUGUGUCGCGUAGAGAUUGAUCAGGAGAUUCAGGACCACAUGAUCUUCAACUAUGUAAUAAUUUCUCGUAUACAAGUAAAUUCUUGGCUCUGUCUAGAGCCCCAUAUUUUGCUUCCCAAAUCCUGUGCUUAUGUUGUAUUUUUUUUCUCUUAAGCUUGGGCCAUUAUUUUCUUCAAUUUUCCUCCAAACUCAAUUGUACUAGUUCCCUUUUUCUUUUCCCUGUGAAUGCCUUGAGGGAGUGGAUAUCUGUUCCAUUAGUUA